AUGGAAGAAGAUCAACAAACCAAUCCUAGAUCGUCACAAAUUUGCCAAAGAGUAAUAUUGUUUCCAUUGCCUUACCAAGGUCAUCUUACUCCUAUGUUUCGACUAGCAUAUAUUCUUCAUACUCAAGGUUUUAAAAUAACAAUCAUACACCCUCAACAAUUCUCUCCUAAUCAAUCAAACUAUCCUCACUUCACUUUCAAGUCCAUUUCUGAUGGAUUUUCUGAUAUCCAAAGUUAUAUGCCUGAGCAACCAGACGCAAGUUUUUUCAUUAACUAUCUUAAUAACAACUGUAUAAAUUCGUUCAGGGAUUGCUUGGCUGAAUUGUUGGCCGAUCACAAUGAGCCACCAGUGGCCUGUUUGAUCACGGACGCUGAAUACUACUUAGCCCAGGACGUGGCUAACUCUUUGAAAGUCCCUCGGUUGGUGUUUUGGCCAUGCACUAUUGUUGCGGUCCUUGUGUAUAGGGAUUUAUCUUUUUUCUAUGAUAAGGGUUACUUCAACCUUACAAGAAAAGAUCCAGAGUUUGAAACACGGGUGCCUAAAUAUCCUGCUUUAAAAAUCAAAGACAUUGUGAAGAUUGCAACUAACCCGAAAGAUUUAGGGGAAUUUCAAACCAAUGUGGUUAAGCAAAUAAAAGCAUCAUCAGGAAUCAUUUGGAAUUCCUUCAUACAACCAGAAGAACCUAUACUUGAAAACCUUAGACAAGAUUUUUCGGUUCCAAUAUUCACUUUAGGCCCACUUCAGAUGUAUUUUCCAGCUUCCAUAAGCAACCUGCUUGAACAAGACCGUUCUUUUUUUUCAUGGCUGGAUGCUCAAGCACCCAAGUCUGUGAUAUACGUAAGUUUUGGGAGCAUUGCACGUAUAAGCCAGUCAGAGUUUCAAGAAGUGGCUCAUGGGUUAGCCAACACGGGUUUUCCAUUCUUGUGGGUAGUUCGACCAGGGAUGGUUAAAGGUUCAGAAUGGCUCGAGUGGUUGCCAGAGAAUUUCCUAGAGAAAGUAGCAGGUAAGGGACGCAUAGUGAAAUGGUGUCCGCAGGAUGAAGUUCUAGCACAUCCCGCGACAGGGUGUUUUUGGACUCACAGUGGAUGGAAUUCAACAUUAGAGAGCAUAUGCAUAGGAGUUCCUAUGAUUUGUUCACCUUGUGUUGUCGGGCAACCCAUAGUUGCAAGAUAUGUAUGUGAUGUUUGGAAGAUCGGCAUUUUGUUGGAAAAUGGGCUUGAAAGGAUGAGUAUUGAGAGAGCAAUUAAACGAGUGAUGCUAGAUAAAGAAGGUGAAGGGAUGCGGCAAAGAAUAAGCCGUUUGAAGGAAGAGGUAACCAUCUCUUUCAAAGAAGGUGGAUCAUCACAUAUGUCGCUAAAGAGUUUGAUUUAUUAUAUAUCAUCACUUCAAUUUCUCUAA